AUGGACCGCAGGGUAGUCAAGCCGCCGGGGCAGGAUUUCGUAGUGGAGCGUCUCAAAAGCCGCUACGGACUAAGGGGCAGCUGCCCCGUCGAGUAUGAAUUUUCAGAUUUUCAUCAGGCUGAAUAUAAGAGAAGCUCUCUAACCUCCCUAGAAGAUUUGGAUAUCUAUUCAUCUGGAGAUAAAGUUGUUUCAUCAUUAAGAUGUUACUCCGAUGAAAGCAAGCAUCAUAGAACACCUUUUUGCAGUUCCUUCAAGCACUUAAAUAUGAAUUGCCCAGAUGAAGAACUGGAUUCUUUUCAUGAUCUGAAGAAACAGGAAACAGAAGAAGAAUCAAUGGAGAGUAAUCAUAGAGUUAGUACCGCCAAAGUAACCAAGCAAUCUUUUAAAGAGAUGGAAAAAGUUGCUGUGCCAAUUAAUAAGUCCUCAUCAAGAAUUUUGUCUGAAUGUUGUAGUGAUGCAAGUGACUCUCCUUUAAAACCUGUCAGCUCCCCCAAAUCUAAAGCAUCAAACAAGCAGAGUUUACUUCCAUAUCAAGUCAGUCAGAUAUAUGAUGAGUUAUUUCAAAUACAUCUGAAACUGCAGUGUGAAACUGCAGCACAACAAGAAUUUGCCGAAGAACUUCAAAAGCGAGAACGGUUUUUACUUGAAAGAGAACAGCUGCUUUUCAGACAUGAAAAUGCCUUGAGCAAAAUUAAAGGUGUUGAAGAGGAGGUUCUUACAAGAUUUCAGAUUAUAAAGGAGCAACAUAAUGCCGAAGUGGAACACUUAACUGAAGUUCUUAAGGAAAAGAAUAAAGAAAGCAAAAGACUGAGGUCCUCUUUUGAUGCAUUGAAAGAGUUGAAUGAUACAUUAAAAAAGCAAUUAAAUGAAGUAAGUGAAGAAAACAAGAGGAUGGAAAUUCAGGCUAAAAGAGUUCAAGCUCGUUUAGAUAACUUACAGAGGAAGUAUGAAUUCAUGACAGUACAGAGAUUGAAAGGAAAUUCUUACACUGCUCCUGAAGUGAAAAAUUCAAAACAAGAAAAAGUACCAGUUUCAAAAACUUCCAAGGUCCCACUUAAUGGACAAGUUUAUGAACUUUUAACUGUCUUCAUGGAUUGGAUGUCGGAUCAUCAUCUUAGUAAAGUGAAGCAUGAAGAAUCUGGAAUGGAUGGUGAAAAACCUCAACCCAAAUUGGCUUCUCAGAGAAGUGAUAUUCAAGAAAAGUUUGUAAAGCUUUUGCCUAUGAUGACAGAGCAACUACAGUGGAUGCCAUUUGUGAAUGUCAAACUUCACGAGCCUUUUGUAAAAUUUAUAUAUUGGUCACUAAGACAGCUAGAUGCUGGAACGCAGCAUUCAACUAUGACUUCAACAUUGAGGAGAUUGGGUGAAGACAUAUUUAAAGGAGUAAUAACUAAAGGAAAUCAGGAUAAUUCUUUAGAGCACUCCGGGGAGAAUAAACCAAAGACAACUGCUUUCUUUAAGAGCUCUAAUUUGCCAUUGAGAUUUUUAUCAACCUUAAUUGUUCUCAAAACAGUCACUCAAGCUGAUUACCUGGCUCAGGCAUUUGAUUCUCUGUGUGUGGACUUGAAGACAGAUGAAGGAAAACUCUUGUUUUUGAAAUAUCACACUGUUCCAGUAAUACUGAAUCACCUAAGAAUAUCCAGUAAAGGACUCUUAUCCAAUGUCAUUGAUAGUUUGCUUCAGAUGACAGUGGAAUCUAAAUUCUUGCAGCCGUUCCUGGAAGCCUGUAGCAACACUUUAUUUUUUCGUACUUGCUCCGUGCUGCUUCGAACUCCUAAGCUUGAUCUUCAAAUACUAGAAAAGCUCAGUAUUAUUCUACAAAAACUUUCAAAAAUCAAGAGUAAUAAGAAGCUCUUUGAACUUUUUACAAUUCAUCUGAUGCUUCAAGAAAUACAAAGGACAACCCAUCCAGAGCAUGCCUUUCUCUGUAUUAAUCUAAACUCAACUCUGUUCAACUUGGGUUUAACAAAAUGCAACUCGGUAGUCUCCAGUGAAAACCAUUAGG